GACAAAUCAAUGGAUGGGGCAAAUCACUCUGUGAUAUCAGAGUUUGUGUUCCUGGGACUCUCCAAUUCCUGGGAGAUCCAACUUGUCCUCUUUGUAUUCUCCUCCGUGUUUUACGUGGCAAGCAUGUUGGGAAACUCCCUCAUUGUCCUCACUGUGGCCUGGGACUCUCACUUACACUCUCCCAUGUACUUUCUGUUGGCUAAUCUCUCCUUCAUUGACCUCGGUGUUUCUUCUGUCACUUCCCCCAGAAUGAUUUAUGACAUUUUCAGAAAGCGCAAAGUCAUCUCCUUUGAAGGCUGCAUUGCUCAGAUCUUCUUCAUCCAUGUCAUAGGCGGUGUGGAGAUGGUGCUGCUCAUAGCCAUGGCCUUUGACAGAUAUGUGGCCAUCUGUAAGCCUCUCCAUUAUUUAACUAUUAUGAGCCCAAAAAUGUGUAUUUUGCUCUUGGCUGUUUCUUGGAUAAUUGGUUUGAUUCACUCUGUGGUCCAAUUAGUUUUUGUUAUCAAAUUGCCAUUUUGUGGUCCUAAUGUGCUUGACAGCUUCUACUGUGACCUUCCUCGAUUUAUCAAACUUGCCUGCAUAGACACUUACAAACUAGAGUUCAUGGUCACAGCCAACAGUGGAUUUAUAUCUCUGGGGUCGUUCUUUAUACUGAUCAUUUCCUACAUGUUUAUCCUGAUUACAGUUCGGAAACACUCAAGUGGCUCGUCCAAGGCUCUGUCCACUUUGUCAACUCACAUCAUGGUGGUGAUUUUGUUCUUUGGUCCUUGCAUCUUUGUUUACACCUGGCCUCACCCAACAUCACAGCUGGACAAAUUCCUUGCCAUUUUUGAUGCAUUUCUCACUCCUUUUCUGAAUCCAGUAAUCUAUACAUUCAGGAACAAAGAGAUGAAGGUGGCAAUGAGGCGAGUGUGCAGUCAAUUUAUUGUUUACAGAAAAAUUUCUUAA